AUGGCGGAGGAGGACGAGCUGGUGGCCUCGCUGCCGGUGUUCCUGUCGCACUCGCUGAGCGACGGUGCAAAGCUCCAGCUAUUUCAAUACCCGCUGUACCAGCGCGAUAGGCCGCUGCCAGUGCCGGCGUCUGCCGCGCAGCGCGGGCAGACGGUGACCAGCCGCUGGCGGCCCCACACGAACCGCGUCGAGAUGGAGCUGCCGCUGGACAUGCGCGCGUCGGUGUACGAUGGCGAAAAAGGUGCCGAGUACGCAGAGGCGUGCGAGCGCCUCGGCAAGAUUCCGGUGCCGGGCGCUGCGCCGCAGGUCAAGCAGGAGCGCCAGGACGGCCCUGUGCGCUUUGACAGCAUGCGCCUCGAGAGCGCCAGCGUCCCCAACGCGACCGAGUACCUGGUCGGUACGAUGCGUGAUGGCGAGCUGCAUCUCACGCCUCUGCACGCUGUCCUGCAAAUGCGCCCGUCGAUGCAGCACGUCGACCUCCUCGGGCAGGCCGAAGAAAACGAGCGGCGCCGCGAGCGUGGCGCGCCGGUCUCGGACGACGAAGGCGAGGCGCGCGAGACGCGCGAAGCACGCGAAACGCGCAAGGCCUCGAGCGUCAUUCCACUCAACGUGUCUGUGCGCACCGAAGGGCGCGCCGCGCGCGGCACGGAGCUGUCGCAGCGCGACGCCGAGGCCGAGCGCUGGGUGGACCUGCGCUGGAUGGACGCCGACGCGCCCGGCGCGCGCGAGAUUGUCGACGACCAACUGCUCGCGCGCUCGCGCGCGCGGCUGUACUGCGAUGCAAGCGUAGCCGAUUUUCUGUAG